UUUUCCUCUUUCCUCUCCCCUCCGUCCUGGAGCACCAGCGUCUCAACCCAGAUGGGGGUCGAGGACGGAAACUGGGAGGCGGAGGCGCCGCGGGGCUCCGUUCCGCAGCAGCCAGUCUCCGGGUUGCAAAUUUGGUUACUUGAUCUGCUUCCUGGGGUUUGCUUUCGAUUUGCAGGGUCGCCUCCUCCAAGGCUGCUGGAUGCACUUGCCGGCUGGUGAUGUGACUGACAGGGCCCUGAUCCGGGCAGAGAUAGAGGCGAAACUCAAGAUCGAACCCGGCUGCCUUGUGCAACGAUGCUGAUGAUGCCCACGUUUAGCAGAAGCGCCCUUCGGCUGGCGGGGGCCACACUGCGGCUCCAGGUGUUCAGCUCCCCCCAGAACAGAUGCUGCUACUCUGGAGACGCCUACCCUUCCCCCACUAAAGCCAGGGGGGUGAAGAAGAGGGGCUAUGACAUCACCAGGAAUCCCCAUCUCAACAAGGGAAUGGCCUUUACCCUCGAAGAGAGGCUUCAGCUGGGAAUCCAUGGCCUGCUCCCUCCUUGCUUCCUGAGCCAAGACGUUCAAGUUCUCCGCGUCCUCAAAAGCUACGAGACCAAAUCCAGCGAUCUAGACAAGUAUAUCAUCCUGAUGACGCUCCAAGACCGAAAUGAGAAGCUGUUCUACCGGGUCCUCACGUCGGACAUAGAAAGAUUCAUGCCUAUAGUAUACACUCCCACCGUCGGCUUGGCCUGUCAGCAGUAUGGGCUGGCUUUCAGAAGGCCUCGGGGGCUGUUCAUUACCAUUCACGAUAAAGGACAUAUUGCAACGAUGCUGGACUCAUGGCCUGAAGAAAACAUAAAGGCCAUCGUGGUGACAGACGGAGAGAGGAUUCUGGGUCUGGGGGAUCUGGGAAGCUACGGCAUGGGAAUCCCUGUCGGGAAACUCGCUCUCUACACGGCUUGUGGGGGCGUCCAUCCCCAACAUUGCCUUCCUGUCCUUUUGGAUGUCGGCACAGACAACGAGGCCCUCCUGAACGAUCCGCUCUACAUUGGCCUGAAGCACAAGAGAGUUCGUGGGAAACAGUACGACAGCCUGAUUGAUGAGUUUAUGCAAGCAGUUGCUAACAAGUAUGGGAUGAAUUGCCUCAUUCAGUUUGAAGACUUUGCCAACGCCAACGCCUUUCGCCUUCUCAACAAAUACCGCAACAGAUAUUGCACGUUCAAUGAUGACAUUCAAGGAACUGCCUCUGUUGCAGUAGCCGGCAUCCUCGCAGCCUUGAGGAUCACAAAGAACAAGCUUUCUGACCACAAAUUUGUCUUCCAAGGAGCUGGAGAGGCGGCGAUGGGCAUAGCUCACCUGAUUGUGAUGGCCCUGGAGAAGGAAGGAAUUUCAAGGGGAGAAGCUAUCAAAAAAAUCUGGAUGGUGGACUCCAAGGGACUCAUUGUAAAGGGCAGAAGUCACUUGAACCAUGAGAAGGAGAUGUUUGCUCAUGACCAUCCCAACGUGAAGACCCUGGAGGAAGUGGUGAAGGCAGUAAAACCAACAGCCAUCAUUGGUGUGGCUGCUAUUGCUGGCGCUUUCUCUGAUCAGAUUCUGAAGGACAUGGGGUCUUUCAACAAGAGGCCGAUUGUGUUCGCCCUGAGCAACCCUACAAGCAAAGCAGAAUGCACUGCGGAACAGUGUUACCGCUUGACCGAGGGCCGAGGCAUAUUUGCGAGCGGGAGCCCGUUCUCCAAAGUGACCCUGCCAAAUGGACAGACCUUCUUCCCAGGCCAAGGGAACAACGCCUAUGUUUUCCCGGGAGUUGCUCUGGGAGUGAUCGCCUGUGGAGUCCGGCAUAUCUCCGAGGAUAUCUUUCUCACCACAGCAGAGUCGAUCGCAGAAGAGGUCACUGAGGAGAAUCUUGCAGAAGGAAGGUUGUAUCCGCCUCUGAGCUCCAUUCGAGAUGUCUCCUUAAAAAUCGCUGUCAAAGUUGUCGACUAUGCCUACAAAAACAACUUGGCCUCCUGGUACCCGGAACCGGAAGACAAAGAAGCCUUUGUCAAAUCCCUCAUCUACAGCCCUGACUACGAUUCCUUCGUUAUAGAUAAUUACCGGUGGCCGCAGGAAGCCAUGCAGACUCAAAACAUUUGAUGUUCCUCUCUAUCUCUUUUGGUCUUAAAGAGACUCUGAUCCUUAA